AUGAGUUCCAUUGAAUCUUCUAAAAGUAAUCAAGCUAAUUUGGUUAAUCCUGAUCACACAAGAAUUGGUGGUAAUACAGUCCGUGUGUUACGAAGUGCAAUGAAAAAUCAAGAUAGUAACUCUUCAAAUGUUAGAGGGAAUAUCAAUAGUGGUAAUCCAAUUGUGUCUUCCCCAUUGUUAAAUUCAACCCCUCCUGUUGUUUCCAAAGCUAUGGUUCAACUAUAUCCUUAUUUAAUUGUCGCUGAUGAAAUCUUAAAUUUAUUAAGUUGGUCGAGCGAAAAUAUUUGGUCUAGUAUUUUGUUAGUAUUGUGGUAUAUUGCUAUAAUUACAUAUUUCGAUACGUUAUCCAGAUAUUUUGGUCACUUAAUCAUUGUAGGCGGGUUUGUAAUGUAUUCCAAAUUAGACAAAUAUGUGAGCUCCGAAAUGAUUUCUAAACCAAGCUUAGAUGAUAUGAUUCUAAUUAUGAACAAAGUAACUUAUAAAUUGGAUUUAGUUAUGGCACCGGUGACUAAUCUUAGCAAUGAAGAUAUUAAAAAAUUAUUAACUACGACUAUUUUCCUAUCUCCAUUCUAUAUUUUUAUAACGCUAAUUUUAUUACCACCAAAAAAAUUACUAUUAGCUGGAGGUAUAUUUAUUUUAACAUACCAUUCUCCAUGGUCAAAAGUUACUAGAAAAUUAUUGUGGAGAUUUAAAUUUAUAAGAUUGAUGGUGUUUUAUAUUACAGGCCUAGAUUUGAGAAGUAGUAUAAGUAAGAGACAAGGUAUUCUCGCUAGCGUUCAAAAGAAAGUUCAAAUGAUUACAAGUAUGACAAAUGAGGGUACAGAUUUGACUACUAACGAAAAAGUUGAUAACGGACCAAUUAGAUUCACCUAUGUCUUAUUUGAAAAUCAAAGACGCUGGAUUGGUGUUGGCUGGACUUCCAGUAUGUUGAGUUACGAAAGAAGUUCCUGGACUGAUGAAUUUUUAAAUGAGGCACCAUCCCCAGAUAAUUUCAAAUUACCUGAAGAUGAUACCAAUGGUGGUUUAAUGUGGAAAUGGAUAGAUAGAUCAUGGAGAUUAGAUAUGACUAAUGACGGUGCAAUCCAACUUCCUAGUACAAAACCAAAGACAAUGACAGAACCAAAUGUUGAUGAUGGAUUUAUUUUUUACGAUAAUGCCUGGAAGAAACCUUCUACUCAAGACUCAUUUGGGAAAUACACUAGAAGAAGAAGAUGGAUUAGAACUGCUGAAUUACUACGUAUUGUACCAGAAGAUAAGAAGAAAAUAGAAGAGGUUAAAACUAAAAAUUCUGGUGCUUCUAAGAAUGUUACUAAUGGAAGUGUUUCUAACAUUAGCAAUAAUAAUAAUAAUAAUAAUAAUAAUAACAAUAAUUUGAACAUCUCAAGCACGCCAAGUAAUGUUCAUCCUGGUCUUCCAAGGAAGGUUUCCUUUAGUGCUACCAAUAAUGUACGCAUUAUACCAAAUUCUGCUGAUCUCGAUGAUAUACCAACGUCUGAUAACAUGGAAGAAACUGACCGACUUCUUGGAGGUAACGAUGAUGAAACAGAUAAAAAGCUAAGGUAA